GAAAAUGGCGGCUUCUCGUCAACACGUUUCGUGUGGUUUGGAUCUUCAUUGUGUGACAGAUAUCAGCAAUUGUUUGUCUUUCGCCUCUAAUUCAGGGUACCAGUUUAUAACUGCCCCAAUUGUCCAUCCUCGCUUUCAGAGAGAAUUCAUUCUUGGAAAGUCCAAAAAUCGACCAGGAGCAUUUACACGUUCAGAUCUCCUUUUAACUAGUCAAGAUUGGAGUUCUUUAAUAGUUGGCAAGUUGUCAACAUGGUUAAAUUUGGACUCUCCAAUCACUCAUAUUCGAAAGAAUUCGGAACAGGCCCUUCAGCAAGAACUCGGCUAUGCUGCUCACUUAGGCCUGUCAGCUGUACUCGUUUCUCUUAAAAGUGGAAAUUGUAUCAACCUUGCACGAUGUAUUCACAGUCGAAUCCUAGCAUCAGAAUCAUAUCAGGGUAUGUUCCAGGUUUGGGUUGAGGUACCUAUGCAAGCUGCUGAAGAUCUGUCCGAAGUUUACAUCAACCAACCAGAAUCAACUGAAGAUAGUACAGUAGCUAAGCAGAUAGAUACAUGGGACUGGUGGAAUACUUUUCGAAGUGUAUGUAACACGGAUAAGAAAUUUGGCCUCGCACUUGAACUAAGUCCUGACAUUCCCUCAGAAGAUAUUAUUAACCGUUGGAUGGGUGAACCCAUUCGUUGUAUAACUGUACCAACUUCACUCUUUUUGACAAAUAAGAAAGGAUAUCCAGUUUUAUCUCGAGCUCACCAACAAGUUUUUCAAAAUGUAUUUAAACUUGGUGUACAAGUUUUAAUAAAAGGUGUAAAUCGGCAUGAAAGUAUCAGAUACUACCAACAGUACAUGGAUCAUCUUUGGAUGUCUCAACCAAAUGAUGACACUUUAGCUCAGUUUGCUCGAGGAUAUGAAGACUACUUGCAAGUACCUCUCCAGCCUCUGAUGGACAACUUAGAAUCCUGCACCUAUGAAAUUUUUGAGAAAGAUCCAGUGAAGUACACAGAAUACCAAAGGGCCAUGUACGAAGCAAUAUUGGACAAAGUUCCUAGUACGGAGAAAGACAGUAGAGUUUUAGUCUUGAUGGUAGUUGGAGCAGGAAGAGGACCUUUAGUUCGUGCAGCUUUGGCAGCAGCAAAAAAAGCUGAAAGAGAUAUAAAAGUGUUUGCUGUAGAAAAAAAUCCUAAUGCUGUUGUUACACUACAAAAUCUGCAGGAUGAGAUGUGGGGGUCUAAGGUUACAGUAGUUUCUUCCGACAUGAGAGAUUGGAAUCCACCAGAAAAAGCUGACAUUUUAGUCUCUGAACUUUUAGGAUCGUUUGGAGACAAUGAACUUUCUCCAGAAUGUUUAGAUGGUGCUCAGAAGUUUCUUAAAGAUGAUGGAAUAAGUAUCCCUGAAAGCUAUACAUCCCAUCUGGCUCCUCUUCAGUCUCCAAAACUCUACGGUGAAGUGGUACAGAUGAAAGAUAGAGAAAAACCACACAUUACCUGUUUUGAAAUGCCAUAUGUUGUAAGACUACACAACAGAACAGAACUUGCAUCACCACAACCACUUUUCAGCUUCCACCAUCCAAACAGAGAUGAAGUUAUAAACAACACAAGGUAUAAAAACCUCACUUUUCAUAUUGAAAACAAUUAUGUUCUGCAUGGAUUUGCUGGCUACUUUGACACAGUUCUGUAUAAAAAUAUCAAACUGAGUAUAGUUCCUGAAACUCAUUCUCCUGGAAUGUUUAGUUGGUUUCCAGUUUUUUUUCCUUUAAAGGAACCCAUUCAGUUGAAAGCAGGUUGUCAGCUUCAGGUUCAUUUCUGGAGGUGUGCUAAUCGAAAAAAUGUUUGGUAUGAAUGGUGUGUGACAAAACCUGUUAUUGGACCCAUACACAAUCCAAAUGGUAGGUCGUACACCAUUGGCUUGUAACAAUAUUUUACAGAUAACUACCAGCUCUAGAGCUGUUCAUAUGUCUGACAGUUCAGAGAAGAGAAAGUUGCAUCUUGCUGAAGCAUUUUUAUAUUUUGUAGUUCAUUUCAGUUUAUCUCAUUUGUCAGUUAUGAAAUGCACUGAAAUACUUAUGACAAAACUUUAUUUUCAGCUGAAAUAAUAAAAAGCUCAUGUGUACAGUAA